AUGGAAUUAGAUGAAAAUUUAUUAAAAAAAUGCGAAUACAUGAAUGAGAAAAUACCAUGUUUUUUAGUAAUUAAAGGUGAUAAUAAAUUCUUUCAGUCAAAACAAUUUUUAAUUAAUGAUGAUGAGGUAGAACAAAUAUUGGAAUUAUAUAAACAAACAUUUAUAGAUGGUCAAUUACUUAGCAUUAAUAAUAUAGCAUUUUCAGUUGAUGAAAAUGAUGUAGAAAAUAAAUAUUUUUGUGGAAAAAAUGAUUUUGAUGAUAUUAUUCAUCUAAAAGCAACAAAAGAUUUAGAAUAUAUAUUUAUAGUUAUAGUUAAAUCAAAUUCUGAAUUAAAACAAAAGGAAAUAUUUGAAUUGGCUCAUAAUCUUUUUGAAGUAAAAACUUGUUAA